UCGAAACCGGAAGUCCUAUCACACCGUUCCUCAGCAGCUUGACUAAUGGCCCUCUGACUGCAGUUGCCAGCUAACCUUGCGGAUCAGUCCUUGACGAGGCCAGGAGUUGUCCGUGUGCAACGAUAGGUACAGUACCUUUAGUGCUGGGUCUGGAUUUCUGAUGUGUCUAGCCCUACUUGAGGCUGACCUGUGGCCACAUUGAUGACCUAUUAACUUUGGUUGCUGCUAGGACGUCUCUCUGUGCAGAUGCCCGACGCUGGUCCAUGGGUGUGAGCCGUCUAGAUGUAUUUUAUAGAAGGCUGCUCCUCACCAAACUCUUCAUUGGAGGAUGGGGUAAGCCUGAAGACCUCAAAAGAAUCUUUGAGUUCCGUAAGAUUAUUGGAGACAGAGAGAAGUGCAAGUCUCUUGUGCCUGAGGACUAUCCAGUCUACAUUAGCAAGACAGAGGAGCACUCAGACUGUCAUAUCCAUGAUGGGUUCUUCAUCUCUCCUCUGGAGCACUGGGUUCCUGGAAUUCUGCCACCAGAGGCUGUCAAAGCCAGUUUUCAGUUUAUAGUUCCUAAGAGAUGGCAGAAGAACAGACCAGUAUGUAUCCAGUUGGCUGGGACUGGAGAUCAUUUUUUCUGGCGUCGGCGGACCCUGAUGGCGAGGCCCAUGAUCAAAGAGGCAGGAAUGGCUUCAUUGCUUCUGGAGAACCCAUAUUAUGGCUCUCGUAAACCUAAGGACCAACUGUGGUCCAGUCUAAAGAAUGUUUCAGACCUGUUUGUCAUGGGAGGGGCAUUGAUCCUGGAGUCAACAGUGCUUCUCCAUUGGCUGGAGAGAAGAGGAUACUGGCCACUGGGAAUGACUGGCAUCUCUAUGGGAGGAUAUAUGGCAUCCCUGGCAGUGACUAACUGGCCGAAGCCCAUCCCUCUGAUUCCCUGUUUGUCUUGGUCCACUGCCUCAAGUGUCUUUACCACGGGUGUAUUGAGUAAAGCAGUAAACUGGACAGAGCUGGAGAAGCAGUAUGCCAUUAACUCAGUGUAUGAAGAGGAGAUCAUUCACCUGUUGGAGUACUGUGGGGCUGAUUCCUUAAGGAUGGGUACAGAACUUCUGAAGAACGCGGACACUAUAGAGCAGCUUCUGGGUCUGUCUAGAGGUGAAAGAGCGUCAGUGGGCCAGUACUCCAAAACUGGAUGGGAAGUUGAGGUUGAACAAGGCCCGUUGAUUGGUGGAGGCCAAGAAGGGAGCAAAGUUGGAGACAAAGACCAUCUGUUAUCAUCAGUGAACAGCAGUGGAAAAAGUUUCAUUGCAAGAAGUCUACAUGCAAAGAGCACACUUCAUGGGAAGAAGAUGGAUUCAGCCAAAUGCUGUCGGCCAUCUUUGCAUAAAGAAUCGAUAAGCUUUAUGAAGGGAGUUAUGGAUGAAUGUACACACAUGGCCAACUUCUCUGUCCCUGUAGACACCAGUCUCAUCAUCGUAGUCCAGGCCAAAGAGGAUGCCUACAUCCCUCGUACAGGGGUCGUCAGUCUGCAGGAUAUCUGGCCUGGAUGUGAAGUCCGAUAUCUGAAUGGCGGACACAUCAGUGCAUACCUGUUUAAACAGAACGUCUUCAGACAGGCGAUAUAUGAUGCAUUCAACAGAUUCUGUCUGAAGUAUCCCAACUAGCCAUGGCCAGCAGAAGUUCUUUCCACCUUGUAACAACACCAGGAUCAGCAUUUCCACAGAGGCUUUCUUUCUGCUGAGAGGAUAUGUGCCUGAGCUUUACAGUUCAUUACACAAAGCUAAGGUUACAUUAGCUCAGUCACUUUCAAAUUCUUUUCAUUUCCUGUGUCUGCAGAGGGAGUGGUUUGUGCCUUGUUGCCUCUAAACCAAGCUUAGUGAAUGAAACUGUGGCAGUAUGAAACAGUGUUGUAGAAAGUGCCUGAAUGUGGAUGUCUAAGGGACAUUCACUUUUUGAUGAUGGACAAUAAACCCUAUGGUUUUCACUGGCUCACUGGUCCAAACCAGUGGACUGCACGUGUCUGUCCUCAUGUGGGCUGUGUCAUGGAUAUUUCACCUGGAGAAAGUGAGAAAAACACACAUAACAGUCCCUUUAAUAUUGCAAAUUUCAACACAUUGUUGUGCACUAAAUACAGAUCAUUGAUUAAUAUAGUUUAUAAUAAAUACAAACUGUCAAUAAAAUACUGAUGAAAAUUUAGAAGAGAAACUACACUCAUUUUGGGAAUUACAUCAAAGAGUUUGAAAAGAGUCAGUGCUCAGUGCAAACCAUCCUUAUUGUCUAUUAUCAUAUACUAUUUUAAAUGAUUCACAUUGACGAACAUAUGAGGUGCUUACAUUUACAACAAUAAGACUGUUUUUCUUACAGUUGUGUUUGGUGUUUUUACUGCAGUUACAUUUCAGUUUAUGUACUUUCAUCAAUUACCUCUCCAUGAUGGCCAGUGUCCGAACGUCCUUCCAUCCAGUAUGUCUGUCCAAUUGUUGUGAAUACAAUAUUUCAAGAACAGUGUGAGAGGGAGAGGUAUUCUUUGAAUCCUUUUGAGACAGACUGUUUCUCAUAUGUCCUGGUAAUAAAUAACUCCAAGGUUCCUCACAAUAGUGUUGGGAGCCAAGAUAAUGCCAUUCAAAGUGACUAUCUGGUCAGACAAUGUUACUCUAUGUUUAGAGCAGAUUACAAUGACUUCAGUUUUUUAUGGAUAUGAAGAAAAAGUUAUGUCUCACUCAGAACUUAAAGGGAUAGUGACUCA